GCCACUGCCACCCCACCUCCCCUCUUAUUCUCCGAUCCCACCCCUUCUCUCCACUCUUCCCUCCUCUCCGCCGCCACCCAACACGGCUUCUUCCACCUCACCCACCACACCAUCCCCUCCCACCUCCCCCUCUCCGCCGAAUCCGUCGCCGUCUCUCUCUUCAGCCUCCCCAACCAUCAGAAACAGCUCCUCUUCCCCAACAACUGGCCGCUCGGCCACGAAAUAGAAGACGAUGAAGACAGCGCCGCCUCCCCCGGCGCAGAGUCGUUCUGUCUCGGCUCCUUGUGUUCCACCGAGUCAAUAACGAACGACCUGGACUUGGAUCCUCUGCGUGAAUUCACCGGUGAAAUGGAGGAGCUCGGGUUGAAGGUGCUGGAAGAGUUGGCUUCUGCUGUCGGGUUCAAGAACCCGGCUCGAGACGGGCUCCAGUCUCAGCUGUGGAUAUCUGGUGGCACGAAUAAACCGGGUCGGGUGUACCCGUAUGUGCUGGGGUUGCAUUACCAAAUACGGUGCCAGAAGCAGUCGUUGUUGUCGGAUUCGGGUUGGGUCAGUGUGUCGGGGCAGACGGAAUCCGUGCUGGUCACUCUUGGAGACAUUGCUCAGGUUUGGAGCAAUGGGAAGUUGAAGAAGGUGAGGGGAAGACCUGCUCCAAAUUUAGAUGAUGCCACCGACAAUCCUCAUUGCAUAACAAUGUCUUUACUUAUAACCCUACCUGUCGACAGCACUGUCUUCCCUCUCAUCCCCGACUUAGUCGAGAACGAGGAGGGUGGUGAACAUGAUUCCCCCAACAACAAUAGAGAACAAAGGUUGUUCAAUUCCUUUUCUUUUGAAGAUUAUGCGUGGAGAGUCUAUAAUGAACGUCUGCUUCUCAAGGAUCCCCUUAUUAGAUAUCGCGUUUGAGUUGAUGAUGUUUUUGUUGAGGAAGAUGUCGUAAUCAAUGAACUCUAUGUUUUGUGCUAGAUGAUUGACGAUCUAUGGUUGGUAAAAAUGCGCAAGAUGAUAGAGCAUUUGUCUAUCAUUGUUGUCGAUAUGUUAGGAUUGAAACUAAUGAUUUUAAUUUGAAUAUCUUUUGUGAA